AUGCAAAAAGCAUUCGGUAACAGUGUCACCCAAAGCGGCACAUCGUUGAAAACGCCAAGCAGGCUACCAGGAAUUCGCAUCCGCCUCGAAGAGCGCGAGGAACACCUAUCACCCUACGCAGCCAAAUCCAGCCGUUCCGCCGGACGAGCCAUCCCUGAGACUCCCUCCGACGUCCGCACCGAGUAUCAGCGCGACCGCGACCGCAUCAUACACAGCAAAGCCUUCCGACGACUCAAACACAAAACGCAGGUCUUCAUCGCACCUCUCGGCGACCACUAUGUAACCCGCCUCACCCACACCCUCGAAGUCAGCCAGAUCGCCCGCACAAUCGCGCGCGCCCUCAACCUCAACGAAGACCUCGCCGAAGCCAUCGCGCUCGGCCACGACCUGGGACACACCCCCUUCGGACACAUCGGCGAAGACGAGCUUGAUAAGAUUCUCCCCGACGGCUACCGGCACAGCCAGCAAAGCCUGAACGUCGUCGAGCGCAUCGAACGCGAAGGGACGGGGCCUCAACCUCACAUGGGAACGCAGAUUGUCCGAAUCUCCGACGCCGUAGCCUACAUCAACCACGACCUCGCAGACGCCUUCCGCGCGGGCAUCCUCUCCGACGAAGACCUGCCCGGAUCAGUCGCAGCCACACUCGGCACCCGACACUCCCAGCGCAUCGACACCAUCGUCUGCGACAUCAUCGACCACUCCUACCAUGUCAGCGGCAUCAACGAUAUUAGCGGCGGCGCGAACGGCGCGAACCCCGAAAUGCCGCUCACCAUUACAAUGGGCGACGAAGUGCGAACCGCCUUCAUGGAACUCCGCGAGUUCAUGUUCGACACCGUUUACAUGCCCAACGACGACAGCCCGCUGGGCAACGCCGCGCGGCAAAUCAUCCGCUUCCUACAUCAAUACUUCAGCGAGCGCACCAGCGAAAUCCCACCCGCCAAGCUGCACUGGGAAGACAUCACACGGCGCAGCCGGACCGACGAUGAAGUCGUCGUAGAUUACGUCUCCGGAAUGACCGACCUCUACGCCAUACGAAUCGCGGAAAAAUUGUCCCCUGGCAUCGCUAAGGUUUUCUCAGAGAGAUUGCUAUAA